AUGUGGCUUGGGCUUUGCAGACUACCGUUGGGUGCUCUUUCAUUUCGUUUUGCAGCUCUAAAAGCAUUCAUAACACAGGGAAAUAGCCAAUAAUAACGUAAAAAUAUAAGACCAUUUCUUCGGAUUASUAAUAAAAUCGAAACGCUUUUGGRAGUCAGCAAGAGUCGAGGUAUUUUUGUCCGCGUUGGCUUGAAAUACAUUCAAACGAAGAGCUCUUCACGCGAAAAAAAGAUAAACCUUCCCGCCCAAGAUGUCAGACAUAGUUUCUGCUGCAUUAGCAAAUGAAAACAUUGGUCCUUCCGACGUCACUGAGACAAACCAACAACCAGAAGUUUUAGAAAACAUACCAACUGAAAAUAAAGGUGUAGAGAAAGAUGCUGCAGAAGCUGAAAGUAACAUUUCACCUAAAACAGUGCCAGACAACACUGACAACCAAACAGACACAAAUCCACAAGAUGCAGAAAAUCAAAUUGCAGCAGUUUUGACAGAAAUGCAGAAUUCAAACAGUGAAAGUACAGCUGUGGUAGAAAAGACAGAAGAAAGCAAUCAAAAUAACUUUGAACCCAGUAUUGCUGUCAUUAUGCAAGAUGAGAGUACACCAAGUGUUCAGGAAAAUCCUCCCAAUCAAGGCCAAGUUCAACUUACUCAAGAUCAACUUGAUGUGAUGCAGUCGGGUCAAAUACCCAGUCAAGCUUCUYUGUACACUUUGGGUAACAUUGUGCUGAUCCUUUCUCCUGAAGUGAUGGCUUCAGGYGGRCUUACACAAGAACAGAUCCAGCAAAUACAGGAAAGUCAAGCUAAUGCUAUUGCUCAAGAUGGUUCCAGCAUCAAUAUCAACCUAGGUGGACUCCAGUCAGCCCUUGCAUCAAAUGCUGCCACAGUUGUUAACCCUGUCCAGCCACCAGCUCCAGCAACAACAGCUCCUAAGGAAAGUAACCCACCUACCAAGAAACCAGAGGAGGGGAAAGAAAAGGAAAAGAAAGAUGAUCAAAAAUCUCCAAAAGAUAUUGCAAAAGACAAACAGGCUUUGCCCAAGACAACAGCAACAUCUACAACAACUACACCUUCAAAUACUACUAAAGAURCAACAGCUCCAAUGGAAAAGAAAGGUGAUUCCGAAACAGCAACUACACCUGCUGAAAAGCCAGACAAAGACAAGACUAAUGGCGAGAAAGAAACCUCCACUGAAAAAGGCAAGAAAUCCUCUGACCAAGACAAAACUGAAAAAGAGAACAAAGGUAAGAAAGAUGAGAAGACAAAUAAACCCAGUCCAGAAGAUGCAGCCAAAAGACCUUUCAAAUGUGUAAAYUGUGGAGAUUCAUACGAGAAGAAAGAGCAACUAGACGCUCAUGUGAAGACACACAACAGAAGGAAAAGGGGCAGGCAGCCAAUGAGAGUUUCACCAGAACCUGAGUCCAAGCCUACAAGAUCCAAGAGAAGCAAGCAAGGAAAAACGACUGAAGGAGAUGGAGAGAAAACUGAGGAUGAUCCUCUUCAGUGUGAAGUUUGUGGMGACACAUUCAGUGCUGAACUGAAGCUAAGGAAACAUUUGACAACACACAAUGUGAACAAGAGGCUUCACUGUGAUGGCUGCAAGGUACCAUUUGCCUUCCAGUACCAACUUGACAGGCACAUUCGCAGGAAUACUGGAGACCAGCCUUACAAGUGUGAUCAGUGYGAAGAUUCAUUCACUCUACGAUGUCACUUUAAUUAUCAUCUGCGCUUGCACAAUCCCAAGAAGACCCAUGCGUGUGAUCAUUGUGGGAAAACCUUCAACUCGUUUGCCAACCUCAAAGGUCACAUUCGGAUUCACACAGGAGAGAAGCCAUACAAAUGUGACAUGUGCGAGAAGUGCUUCACAGAGUACAGCAGUCUUGCCAAGCACAAACGAGCUCAUACUGGAGAAAAGCCUUUCAAGUGCACCCAUUGUGAUAAGGCCUUCUCACAAUCUGGUGGCCUCAAAGUGCAUUUGAGAACGCACACAGGAGAGAGGCCGUUCAAGUGCACUGAGUGCGAYCGUGCUUUUGCCAAGGGKUACAACCUGAAGACCCACAUGAGGACCCACACKGGAGAGAAGCCUUACAAGUGUGAAAUUUGCAGCAAGCCCUUCUCCCAACACAGCACUCUUGUAACUCAUGUUCGUCGACAUGAAGGCAAGACUUUAAAGACAAAGAUGUCUACUGCACAGCAAACCACAGGUAACCCAGAGAUGGAUAUUGUAGAGUCACACCCUGUUACCACCGACACCUCGGUCAUCACUGAACAACAAGUGCAACCCCAAGCAGCUGCCCCCCAAGUAACCACUGAAGMWCAAGCAGAACCUCAAGCAGCUCUCCAAACAGAACCCCAAGCAAUUCCUCAGCCAAUAGAAGAAGAACCAAAGACAAUCCAGGCRGCURCCUUGGAAUCAAUUCCACAGGAAGGAACACCAAUCAUUGUUACCGAGACUGUACUGAGUGAAAAGACCGAAGCAGAAGAAAUGGCGGACAUACAAGAAGCAAGUCAGGCUAUUCAGAUGUUACAGAUGCAACAGUUGGUGAAUCAAGUGGAAGAGGUGGUYGCACAGGCUGCUGCCGCUGCUUCAUAYUCAAGUUAAACUGACUCAMAAAGGACUCUAAAAUUUUAGGGAUUAUCAACUUACUAGUUCAGUCAGUGGCAUAUAUACAGAUUUAUUUUGUAUAGCUGUUAUAUUCUUGUCAUAUAUUAUGCAUAACCUUCAUAAAGUCAUUAUGUAAACACCUGUCAUUCCAAAAUAAUAGAGUGGUUUUAUGUACUUAUUGAGUGAGUGGAAAAAUAUUUUGCUCAGAUUUUGCCAUACAGAUUGAGACUARAGAAAUUUUGCCUAUUUGACAGUAAUAUUUUAUUCUAUAUGACUGUAUGUACAUUUGAGGAUUUGUGCUUGGUUUAUGCACAUUGUGUUCUAGCUUGAGUACAAAAAAUACCAUAUUUGGCUGCAUGAACAAAAGAUGUUUGUACUAAAUCUAGACCACAAUGAMAURCUAUUUCAGAAAMGGCCUAUGUUCUCUUGCUUCAAAUGCAAAAUGUACAAUUACUGUAACUGGUGAUUUUAUUUUUUAAUAAAUAUAUAUUAUAGCGAA